GAAAUUUAACUUUAAAUGGGAAAAUCAGAUUGCUUUUUCUGAAGUUCGGAAAGCUUAUCUUACCUUUCGGAGCCGUUUGAAGGAGAGAUGUUUGCUGCAGCCUGGUGAAUUCGAGCAUGAAGCUGUCCCUGAUUUGUUGUUGUUAGUAGUCGCUUUAAUUCUUCAUGCUCUAACUCCAGUAACAUACCGGUAAUGUUUUCACUACUUUCUGGAUAGAUUAGAUGCACUAUCUCGAAUAAUGUGUCUCCAAAAUCGGCUUCAUUCUUGUCGCGUUCGCUCACUGAAUUUCCCAUCUUCUUGUCUUUUUUGCACUGAAUCAUGUUUCACAAAGCAAUCCCUCUUGGGUGGGGUGAGUAUUGUGCUUUCGUAUCUUUUAGUAAACGUUUAUAGCAUUCUUCCGUCAAAACACUUUUUGACCUGUUGUAAUUCGGAAUAAUUACGUUUUUCUCUUAAAAUUAUUUCUUUUCAUGAGAGAAAUAGUAACAGUAUUGAUUUUCUUUUUGUUCUAAAUUAUUUUUCCCUCCCCUACUUAGCUGCAGUUUUUGUUCGGGCCCAGGUUUCCUUCAUUAGUUAGAUCGACGGUUUCAAAUAUGGCGCGGGAAGCCUUCGAGGAGCGAUAUUUGGGAGAGAUGCCGUCAUGUUUGCGUGAGCUGUUUGAGCAAACAAGCUCAGAGAAGCAAAGCUACAUUGCAAACAACGCUCAUUCUUCGACGAAAUCCUUUAAAUCGAUAUUAACAUUCAGUGGCAUGGAGCUUCCACCACCUCUGCUUACGGAAAAUGAAAGGGCUGAGAUGCGUCAAUACAGAAGAGAAGCAGUUAAAUGUGAAGCCAAAAAGUUUGAAAGAAGACGAGAAAAGUACUCAAACCUACUCUUACAGGUCAUGUCAGUCAUGGACAGAGUGCAGGAACAAAGAGAAGCAAGAACUAUUACUGAAAUGCGGUAUGAUACUGAAGGUGUUAGAGAGAGAAGAUUUGCCAAAGAAAAUUAUGAAUCAACUGCAAGAACAUUGGCACACAGACAUAAUGAGGAACCUACAUCAUAUGAACCUGACCAUGACAGAAGAUAUGCUUGGAAUGCUUCUAAUGAUGAGAGAAAUGCAAAACAGGACCAGUUUGCAGAAUCCUAUGUAGAUUGGACUGAAAAUAAUUAUAAUGAGCACUCUAGCAGAAUCAACAGUCAAUUAAACUAUUUACCACACUCAUUGGAAUCAUCCUUUGCCACGGCUGGUGACCAAAGUGGAAUGUGUGAAAGCCAGUUACCAAGAAAUGGGGAUUCUAGGAAACAAGUCAGAAUUGCACCUGAGGGUUUUGAGGGUGCAAAUUUUCCUUAUAGCUCCACUAUGGAUAAGGAAGCCACUGAGUUAAACAGGCCAUUUUCACAUGUUUCUCUUGCUUCUAAUGGAACAUUGGAUUCUGGAGAUGUCUCAGAUACUACACUCCAGAAUUCUUCAGUGUCAUUUCCUUUUGACAGGGAAGUUCUGGGGUCUGAUUCACUGGCAUCUUCUUCAUUGUCUGGGGCCUUUUCAGACUCUACUACCUCAACUGUGCAAUCUGCAAUAGAAACACAGCCUGGAUCAACAGCGCCGCAACUGCAUAUAGAUUCAGCUACUAAUAACGCCCAUUUCAGACAUUGUAUAGAGAAACACGCAUUGCAGUCUAUGGAUCAACCCCCAAAUUCCAGGACUGAUAAAAGACCUGUUUCCUCAAAGCAAAGACCUGAAAAGCCAAAAGUUCAGUUUUCUACACUGUCAAAGGUUGCCUGCAUCUCAGAGCAAGAUAAAACUCUGGCAAAUUUGGAAAAGCUGAGACAAAAAUUGCUUGAAGAGAAGCAAAAGCACUUAGAAGCUCUUAAACAUCAAGAGUUGAAGCGGCUUCGCAACCAAAAGACAGAACAAGCAGGGGAUUUACACCACACUUAUGCAUCUUUCCACAGAGACACUGCUAAACAAGUAACUGAGAGACCUCGGUCUAGUUCUCUGCCCUCAUCAAUGCAGUCAGACUUCAAACAGUUGUCUUCUGAGGAAUCACAGAGUAACCCUGUGUCUCACAGGUCAUCUGGUGAUAAUCAUGUAUCAAGGAUGCCACCCCUUCGUAGACCUCUUUCACUGCCUCCAGGUGAAAUGUACUCUAUUCUUGAACUCAGUGGAGAAAAUCUUGACAGUGAACCAGAAUCUUCCUCUGAUAAGGAGAACCAUGUUGUUGACGAGGUUUUGAGAGGGAACAGAAAUGAUGCUGUUCUGGGAAGUGCUCGCAGUAAUGCUAUAGGCCGAAUAAACAGUGAGCAGAGCAUGUAUCCCUCUCUUCAAUCAAGGGAAUCCAAACACUUUGUACCAGGAGAGGGUAAUAAGCUCUUUGUAAGUAAUGGACGGGAUAAAUUUGCCAAAGUUUCUGCGCAUGCUAAGGGAUUCCUGACGAGAUGUUUGAUGAAAACUGACAAGGUUCUAGGUUUGGUGAAAACAAUCAAGGACACCAGAGAUGUUCUGGCAGAUAUUUCCAGAGAGGACAUACAGUCUGUUCAGGAGAAAAUGCUGAAAGAAAACGUUGAGGGUCAUCUGAGAGUAGCAAGAAUUGGUCUUCAUGAUGUCUUCUUCAAGGUGCCUGUGAAAGAAAGAAUGUCUUACAUAGCUAAUUCCAGAGCAAUAGCAAGAGCGAAAGAAGCUAAGCGAAGAGCCGCAAGGAGUUCUGUAGGUCAGUCAAAACUAUCUGCUGUUACUUUACGAGCAAUUCAGAGACGACAGGAAGACCAUACUGUAACACAAACUGCCAGUUCAGAGAUAAUAAAGCCUAAAGCUGAACCUCGGGAACAGAAGAAGAAAACUUGGAACAUCAGGGUGCUAAAGCCACAGCAGGGACAUACAUCACCACCUCUGCCAUCUGACAGGACAAGGUCUAAGCAAAGCACCAGACCAGCUACAGCUCCUGAGAAACCACUGAAUUCCAAAAUAGGAAAGCAGGAUGCUGUAAAUCGACCAAAAACAACAGAUAAUGCACACAGAAACCCUGAAAGACUAUCAAGCCUGAGAUCAGGUGGUGGAACUCAACCUGCUAAGAGACCAGGAAGGCAAAGCCUUGGAGGAGCUGCUCAGCAGCCCAGAAUUAUAACAGCUCAACCAAGAGCAAAAAAACGGUUAAGUCUGCCAGCGAAUGCGCAGCCUAGAAUAAGAGGGUCUGGCACUACAACUGACACAGUGCAGAGGCCAAAGACAGCUUCUGAAGUGAAGAGGAGUUCCAGAUUGGCUGCCAACUUUUCUAAAUAACUUGAAUCUAUAGUCUGAAUGUGUACAUACACCUUGAGAUUUUGCACAAGGAGAAUUGUAGUUGUGUACUUAAUACUCAGAUAAACAAACUCGAACAACACAGAUAAUAUAAUAUAAAUUAUUUAAAUAAAAUAUAUUCUGUAUUUUAAAAAAAUGCUGGAAGCUACAAAUAUUUAUUAUUGCUAUAAAGUUUUCCUUCUUUCAACUGGCUUGCUUAAACCUUGUCCCAGCUGGGGAACUUAAAGUUGAAUGUUACUGGUAUGUUAAAUGCUGAAACAAGUUUUAACUGGUAAAGCUGUGUUCACAUUAAAGCUGAAACAUCCUCAGAGUAAACAUGUUUCACCUAAACAUGUUUGUUAUUGCAUUGUUCACAUCAGAUGUCAGUUUCAAACACAUUUCAUGCCUGGUAGUAUAAUUAAUGCUGUUUCAUCGUACAGGCAUUUGUCAUUAAGUUUUGCAGCAAUGU